GACAUCGACGAGAAGCUUCAGAAGGAUCGAGCAAAACACAUUCAGGAAGAAUUAUGGAAGGUACGUGCCAGAACCUACAUCCUGAUCGUGAGCUUCAUGGUUCACGCUGCGCCCGUGAUGACCAUUGUAUUCCUUUACGAAUUUGCCAUGAUGUUUUCCUACUUGGGACUGGCCCGACUCGUCUGCAUGUUUAUUGUGUACAUGCAUCAUACCGGUGUCAUCUCCGGAAGGCUGCCACUGAAUCCAGCCAGAUUGCAAGUUCUCUACAUUUGGUACUAUGGAUCAUUCGCAAUGCUGCUCCUGGGAGGGAUCUUCCAUCGUGACAGCGACGCCAAAGAGAGGUCAAUGCAAGCCUUCAACGAUGGGGGUCGACUUCUUAUGGCGGUCGUCAUUAUGCACAAGCCGACAGCACUUCCUGCACAAUUGGCUAUAUCCGCAGCCGAGAUUGUUGUGUACUGGUUCCACCACAACGAUGUCGCAGACACCGCAGCAUUCGCAGGGGUUCAGCUUGUCUUUGCCAUCGCGAAUGUCGGAGUCACCGUGACGCUGGAGUACUGGGUGACUUCUCACAUCAGUGCCCUCUUGGAUGCAGAGUCCAUGGUUGGAAGCUUUCGGAGGAUGCUGCGAGGCGUCUGCGAUGGUGAGGUUCUCUUGAAGGAGGACAUGAGCAUCUGUGAGAAUGCAGAGUGCAUCAAGCAACCUGCCUGGUAUGGCCAUGGUUCGGCUCUGGGCACGUCACGGCGAUUGCUGUUUGACGGGAUAAUGGUUCAGCUGAAAGAAAAGUUCGAGUUCGAAAACUUUGUAAUUUAUUCAGAGCUGGAUCUGCAUGCAUAG